UUCAGUCGCCGGCUUGCCGAAAAACGUGCUUGUUUGAUUCUCAAACGUAGGCGCGUUGACAGAUUUGUUUUGCAGAAAGCUCUACCGAGCAACUACGAAAACAUUUCGCAGCAUUAUAUAUGCUCCGUUGCCUUGUCGCUGUGCGUGUAGUAAGUAAAUCUUAUCGAUCUAUCUGCCACCUGCGAGUUGAAGCACCUCCUACACUCGUUGGGUCAGUGUCGCAGAUGUCAGGGGAGCCGCCCACUAAGAAGCCAGCAGCCAUGGGCAAGACUAUCGGAACGCACAGCGGCAAUUUUCACUGCGAUGACGCACUUGCCUGUUUCCUGUUGAAACAGCUUCCCGAAUACAAGGAUGCCACGGUGGUUAGGUCUCGAGACCCAGCUGUCCUGGACACGUGUGACGUGGUCGUGGACGUUGGUGCUGUGUACGACCCGGCCAAGAGGCGCUAUGACCACCAUCAAAAGAGCUUUAACGAGACGAUGAACUCGCUCAACCCAGCCAAGAAGUGGACCACCAAGCUGAGCAGCGCGGGGCUCGUCUACGUGCACCACGGACGAGAGGUGAUCGCCGAGACCCUCGGCUGGAAGCUCACCGAACCGAACCUCGAGAAGAUAUACGACAAGGUCUACGAGAAUUUCAUGGAGGAGAUCGACGCCAUCGACAACGGCAUCAACGCCUACGACGGGGAGCCACGUUACCGAAUAAACACGAACCUGAGUUCCCGAGUGGGCCACCUGAACCCGGCUUGGAACGAACCGAACCCCGAUCUCUAUGAGCAGUUCCUGAAGGCCAUGAAGCUGACAGGCGAAGAGUUCCUAGAACGCGUGCGCUUUUAUGCUACAGCAUGGUUGCCUGCCCGGGAGCUUGUCCUAAAUGCUCUGCAGCAGCGACAAAAGGUUGGCGAUGCGGGCUCCAUCAUGAUAAUGGAGCGUGGCGGCUGCCCUUGGAAGGACCACCUGCUGACCCUCGAGGAGGAGCUGUCCAUCCCGGGCGAGGUCAAGAUGGUCCUGUACCAGGACCAAGACGGCAGCAGCUGGCGGGUGCAGGGCGUGCCGGUGGCGCUGGGCUCCUUCGAGUGCCGGGUGCACCUUCCCGAGAAGUGGCGAGGUCUGCGGGACGAGGAGCUCUCGCGGGUGAGCGGAAUCGACGGCUGCGUCUUUGUCCACUCCAGUGGCUUCAUAGGUGGCAACAAGACGAAGGAAGGCGCCCUUGAGAUGGCCACGCGGACCAUCAAGGGCAACGUAUAGCCACAAGGCAUUGUCCAGGGCUAUGUGGUUCAAGGCGAUGUUGGCCGUGGCGACGAGGGCGAAGCCGACGAUCACGAAAGUGAUCUCGAAGAUGUGGUCCUGUUCGAAUAAAUUAAGCUUGGACGACAGGACUUAAAGUUGCAUGGAAAAAAGUGCCCACGGCGAAAGCCUGGAAAGAAGCCGCCCCGGUCAACGUCCCAAGCUGCCGGGCAUUCCUUAACACAGUCAUCCGCAGAGACAGGGGAUAAAGGAGGCUUACAAAUAAAUGUUCGCAUGUUACAUUAACCCAUCUCACAUUUUUAUCACUGACUGUUCGGAUUUUAAAAAAAAUGUCGUAUUCAUGUUGCACUCAUACACGUGCAUGCUGCAAUGCAACUGCGUGGGUGUUCUACCAUUUGUGCAACACCGGUAGUGAUCAUUCUUCCACAGAUUUACUUUUUUAAAAGAUCAAUAAAUGAAACAUUCAA